UCCCAGCGACUCGUUCCCUUUCAAUUCCUUUGAUAAAUAGCUUCCCCUCUAAUGGCUUUUGCUCUGGAAACAGCACUUACGAACUCCUGCCAGAGACACUUCUCCCCAGCAUGAGAGCUGCCCGGCGCCUCUCGGCCAGGACAGCAGGUCUUCACCUUAGCUUCUUGUUUCUGCUUUCCUUCUGGGCAGACCGCGGUGUGGUAGCCAAGGAGCUGAAGUUUGUGACACUGGUGUUUAGGCAUGGAGACCGAAGUCCCAUCGAAACCUUUCCUAAUGACCCCAUCAAGGAAUCCUCAUGGCCACAAGGAUUUGGCCAACUCACUCAGCUGGGCAUGGAGCAGCAUUAUGAACUUGGACAGUAUAUGAGGCAAAGAUAUAGACAGUUUUUGAAUGAGUCCUACAGACGUGAACAGGUUUACAUUCAAAGCACGGAUGUUGACCGGACUUUGAUGAGUGCUAUGACGAACCUUGCAGGCCUAUUUCCCCCAGAGGGUAUGAGCGUCUGGAAUCCCAGCCUGCCGUGGCAGCCCAUCCCAGUGCACACACUCUCUCUUUCUGAAGAUCGGUUGCUAUACCUGCCUUUUGCAGACUGCCCUCGUUAUAAAGAACUUCAGGAUGAGACUCUCAAAUCGGAAGAAUUCCAGAAGAGACUGCAUCCUUAUAAGGAUUUUAUAGAAACCUUGCCAACAUUUACAGGAUACCAUACCCGUGACCUUUUUGGAAUAUGGGCUAGAGUCUACGACCCUUUAUUUUGUGAGAGUGUUUAUAAUUUCACUUUACCCUCCUGGGCCACAGAGGACACCAUGACUAAGUUGAAAGAGUUAUCAGAAUUAUCCAUCCUGUCUGUCUAUGGAAUUCACAAGCAGAAAGAGAAAUCUAGACUGCAGGGGGGUGUCUUGGUCCGUGAAAUCCUCAAUCACAUGAAGACUGCAACUCAGCCAUCGAACCACAGAAAACUCAUCAUGUAUUCUGCACAUGACACUACCGUGGCUGGCUUGCAGAUGGCGCUAGAUGUUUACAAUGGAAUCCUUCCUCCCUAUGCCUCCUGCCACAUAAUGGAAUUGUAUCUUGAGAAGGGGGAGUACUUUGUAGAGAUGUUCUAUCGGAAUGACACACAGCAUGAGCCGUAUCCCCUCACACUGCCGGGCUGCACUCCCAGCUGUCCUCUGACCAAGUUUGCUGAGCUGGUUGCCCCUGUGAUCCCCCAAGACUGGUCCACGGAGUGUAUGACCACAAGCAACGACCAAGUUCUAAGGGUCGUCCUUGCUGUCACCUUUUGCCUGGUGUCUGGUGUCCUCGUGGUGCUGCUGUUUACCCUCAUCCGCCAUGGGCCCUGCUGGCACAGAGACCCCUAUCAGAACAUCUGAACAGAUGGCUGAAUAAGGCCAACCCACCAGACCAACCUCCUGGGACGCAGCACCUGUCAGUGAUGCCUCAUAGAAGGGACAGGCUUUCACCAUGUGGACAUCACCCUGCCCACACCCUUCCCUCUGAGCCUGUCUAGAGCUGGGUGUGAACUCCUAGUGACCAAGGGACUGAUGAAUAAACCCCAGGGCACUUGGUUAGGUCUCCUGAUGGUUGCACUCCUCAUCGUGGUGCAGGCUUCUCAUUCAGCUAGAAAGAGGUUCUUCUGCAGAGGACAGUUGUGUUCUUCUGCAGAGGACAGUUGUAUUCUGUAAAGGAAAGAAAGAAAGAAGUUAAAACUCCAAUCAGCCUUUUGCCCGUAAAGAGCAAAUGGUUACAACAUGUGACAAAGACAUUGAUUAAAGGAGACUGGAUAAUGAGGACAAUUACACUAGAAAUAGCAUCAUGUAGGAUGAUUCUUAAGAAAUAAGACCCAAUCCGAAGGUGUAAAUAAAUCUCUUCUUUAGCUCUUAAGUAGAUUGAAUACAGACAUGCACACACUCCUGAAAAGAAACUCUUACCCAGUGUUUGAUAGCUAACAGAGUUCUCUGUGUGUAUUUAUACUGAUACACAUACAUACACAGAGUAUUGAAACUGCCUUAGAGAGAGGUAUUUAAUUCUCCGAAAGUGUAAUAUCACCUGUUGUAGUUGUAGGUCAGGUCAUCUUCCCCACAAUUUCUAUAAUGGGGAAUAACUAGAAAGCCCAUGCAGCCGUGUUUCUUUUUCCUACCUCUACCACAAGACUAUGUUUCUAUAGUUCCACUUUCUUUAUUUCAUUUUAAAAGUAAGAGAUUUACUUUCAUGAGAACUCCCUCAUUCAUGGCCAUGAUGAGAUAAUAACAUAUUUAACCACCACAAAUAGAACUAAAUUUCCCAAGUGGUGAAGUGGAAAGAAAAACGGGAUGAAGGUGGAUGACCCCCAGCCGCAGUUCUGCCCUGGCUUUAGGCCAACAACUUGGAACAAGUUUUACUAAGUCUUUUAAACCUUGGUUUAAUUAUCUAAAGAUGAAGAGCCAGGACUAGAUAAACAUAGAAGUCACAUCUAGUUCUCAUUUUCUGUGACAAUUUGUUUUUCAUUUCAUCCUGUGAAUUGGUCAUUGUCCAAGCAAGCAUGUUCAUGAAUGGUACCACUGCAGUAAACCUGAUAUGUAUUCUAAACAGUCGUAACCCACGCUGAGCCUUUAACCAUCCACUUGGUGGGAAAUUCAGUCUCAUUCAUUGGUAGGAUUCUUCACCUUCUCAGAUAUUCCUAAAGGUCCUAGAAUGUAAUUGGUGGGAAGAGUUGGAUAAGGGUCCUUUAGGCUGUUAUCUACACUGGUCUCCAAUAAACACACUGUCUACUCCCACUUGGUCUCCUGAAGGUAGGCAGAGGACAUCUAUGCAUGGCUCCCAAAACCACACACUUGGACUUCAGCAUCCUGGCAUUGUCCAGUCCUCUACCUGGGGUGACACCUAUCAGCCAGAAACUCUCCUGGAACUCCACCCCAUCUCUUAGUCUCAGGAAUCUUCCUCUCCCCUUGGAUUUCACAGCUUUCUCCUGAUAAACUUCAAGCACUUACCUCUAUCACCCACUUUCUAUGUAAUUUUCACUGAGCUAAAGCAAUGAAAAAAACAAAAAACCUUGAGAAGGAGUUGUGUUCUCUUACCUGGCAUCUGCUUCUUCCUCCAGUAACACAAAAGGCAUGUUGGCAAAGAAAUGAAAGAUCUGGCUUCAUCCUCAACUUGGGAAGGGGUAAAACAUCUGUAGCAGGAAAAACAAAUGAUGAAUUACUGUGUCUAUAAAGUAGCCAGUCAUAUUAGUAAUGAGAGCAUAAUAUCUUAUGCUAAUAAGUCAUGAAACUUUAAAAUAGAAGUAGAAAACAGAACCACAAAUCAUGGAUCUUCUCACUUUUUUAACAAACAUUGUUAGAGGACCUACUGUUUGCUAAUCACUGGCCUAGAUGCUAAAUUGUCCACCCCUAAUGUGAUUAUUAAAGUGUUUGGCCCCAACACAGCCUUAUACAGAGUUGGUAGAAUGCGAAAGUAAAAGCUUUCCCUAACAUCA